GAAACCUAUGAAAAACAAAAUAUUGCUUUAGAUUUUUUUUGUGAAGAAACUGCGUGGGAAAGUGAACCGAGCGACAAUUUAAAAAAACCAGAAAAUGAAUGCCUUCUCACAAUUUUUAAAGUGGCCAAUUCGUUCAAGGAAGCAAACGAUAAACAAGAUGAUGACUUCUCCCUCUGGAGGAUGCAGUAUUAUAACGAAAAGCUUGGCCAAUCCCCUCGAGAAAAUUAUAAACGCGUUGAAAAUAUGGUUCAUGAAUACCUCCGAGGCAUUCAGUGGGUUUUGCAUUAUUAUUAUGCCGGCGUGAUUUCGUGGAAUUGGUUUUAUCCCGAACAUUACGCUCCUUUUGCUACAGAAAUAGCAGCUUAUAAAAAGCAAGUAGAUUUUAACUUUAUUACUGGUUCUCCAUUUACCCCACUCGAACAACUUAUGGCUGUGUUGCCUCCUCAAAGUAAAUCGCUAGUCCCUUCCUGCUUUCACGUGCUGAUGGAGUCUCAUCCAGAAACUUCUUAUUUUUAUCCAAAAGUAUUGUUUAUCCUUAAAUAA